AUGAUUUAUUUCUUUGCAUUAAUGUUAUGGUCCUUUAAGUGUUAAAAAAUAGAAUCAAGAGAUCAAACAUGUAAUAAUAAUUAUAAAUCAAAGUGUUUUAUAAGUAACUAAAUGAAAAUGUAAAUUUCUAUUGUGAAACAGGAUACGUAAAAGUUGAAGAUGUUACUUAAUCAGAGAAUUAUUUAUUUUAUCAUCUUUUUUUAAAGUAAGGAGUAGAAUCUUUAUAAAAUGUAAAAAAAGAUGAUAACUUUUUAUUAUGGAUUCCUGGAGGUCCUGGAUCUGCAGCUAUGAAAUAUUCAUUUAAAUACACAGGUCCAUUUAAAGUAGUUAAAGGAAAGUUAGUUUUAUGGGUAUAAUAGCAUAUAAUAAAUUUACAGGAUUACUUAAUAAAUGAAUAUGCUCAUAUUUUAUAUAUUGAUAUGCCAUUUGGAGCAGGAUUCAGUUAUUCAACAAAAUAAGACGUAGUAAAUACAACAUAAGAAGCAGCAAAUUAUAUUUUAUAGUUUAUUGAAAUAUUCUUAGAUUCUCAUAAAAUGUUUUAAUAGAUUAACUUUCAUGUUGUUGGAAUAAGUUAUGCAGGUCAUUUUGUUCCAAGAAUUGCAAAUAUGAUUGUUAACUCAAAUCUAAAUUUGAAUUAUAGAGGUGUUUUUAUAGGCGGUUCUUGGACAGAAGCUUUAUCUUAGUAUCGAAAUCAAGCAACAACUUUAAUUUCAUAUGGUCUAAUAGAUUAAUAUCGUUUUGAUUUUAUUAGAAAUAUAGAAGCCAUUUAAUAAAAUCUAAUGAUGGAAGAAAAGUAUUAUGAAGCUGCUACUAGCACAAUAGAUAUAACUUUUGAUUUAGAUUUCUUAGAAUAUUUUGAUCCUGAUAAUGUUUAUAAACAUACAAAUGAUCCAAAUGAUAAUAGCUAUAUAUAAUUUUUAAUUGCAAAUAAGGAACAAUAUGGAAUUCCUCAAAAUAUUGCUUUUAAUCCAUCUAAUUUUACUAUAUUAUCCUCUUUUUAUGCUGAUACAUAUAUGAGUUUUUUAAGUGAUAUAGAAAAAUUAUUAUAAAAAGGUAAAGUCAUGCUCUAUAAUGGAUAAUUUGAUUAUAACAUUAGUCCUGCAGGUAUAUAGGUUAUGAUUAAUAAUAUUAGAAAUGAAAUAGUUUAAUAAUGGAAACUAUAGAAAAAGUAACCUUAUUUUUAUUAUCAAAAAUAAACUUAAGAAGUAUCUAUAGGUGGAACUAUUAAAUAAUAUCAAAAUUUUGCAUUUGCUAUUGUAUAUUAGGCUGGUCAUUUAACUUAACUAGAUUAACCAGGAUCGGCAAAUUAUUUGUUAAAAUACUAUUUAGAAUUCUGA